AUGCCGCGACCCGGGAAAAACUCCUACAGUGACCAGAAGCCUCCUUAUUCGUACAUCUCCCUCACUGCCAUGGCCAUCCAGAACUCCCAGGACAAGAUGCUGCCUCUGAGUGACAUCUACAAGUUCAUCAUGGAACGGUUUCCCUACUACAGGGACAACACGCAGCGCUGGCAGAACUCCCUGCGUCACAAUUUGUCCUUCAACGACUGCUUCAUCAAGAUCCCGAGGCGGCCCGACCAGCCGGGCAAAGGCAGCUUCUGGGCCCUGCACCCCGACUGCGGCGACAUGUUCGAAAACGGCAGCUUCCUGCGCCGCCGUAAGCGUUUCAAGGUGCUGCGCGCCGAGCUGGCGGCGUGCAAAAGCUCGCCCAUGUUGCACUACUUCCACCACCUGCAGCCGGGCGGCAAGACGGGUCACCAGGAGCCCUCAAGCGGCCGCUUGCCUCUCACGCACCAACAGCCGACGCACUUCCAGAGCUACGGGGGCGUCGCUUGCGCGCAGCCGGGUGGUUUUAAACACCCGUUUGCCAUUGAGAACAUCAUCAGCCGGGACUACAAGGGAGUCGUGCCCCUCACCUCUGUCAUGCACCACCUGGGCUACCCGCUGCCCCCUCAGCUGAUGAGCUCCGUGUGGCCUCACGUCGGGAUGCUGCCCGAGCCUCUGGCUCCUUCAUCGGAGUACCUACCCUUCGGGGUCCAGCAAAAAAGCAUGUACCACCACCACCAUCACCCCAGUGCGAACGGGCCAGCGCUACCCGCCGUGCCGGUACCGAUAAAGCCCACGCCGGCCCUCAUGUCACAUAGCCUGAGCGGGAUAUGCCCCCCGGCCUCCACCUCAUCUCCAUCCCAUCAAGGUGAUGCUCUAGAGGGGAAAGGCAACCUCCUGCACCCAGCUCUCCUGCUGUCUUAA